AUGUCGCGCCAUCAUCCCGAUUUGGUAAUGUGUCGCAAGACAGCAGGCAUCUCCAUCGGCCGCCUCUGCGACAAGUGCGAUGGCAAGUGCCCCGUAUGCGACAGUUACGUCCGCCCCACAACCCUCGUCCGCAUCUGCGACGAAUGCUCCUUCGGCAACUACCAAAACAAAUGCCUUGUCUGCGGUGGCGAGGGAAUCUCCGACGCCUUCUACUGCUUUGAAUGCACCCGUCUGGAAAAGGACAGAGACGGCUGCCCCAAGAUUAUAAAUCUGGGUAGUUCGAGGACAGAUCUGUUUUACCAGAAAAAGAAUUUCCGGAAUCAUUAG